AAUGUUCACUUCAUUUCAGUCCAAUCUUCAGAGGUCCAUCCUUCAACUCCAACAACAAACAGAGCAACCAUAGCUCGGAAGUAACAGAUGAACGACAACGACGAUGAACACUGCGAAGAAGGGCUUAGAAAGUCACAGUUUUGCUGCAUUUCACACCAGUUCCUACAAAUAGCCUCCGCAAACCCUAACAAAAUCGCAGUGAUUCAUGCUUCUGGCGUCGCCCAAAUUUCCCGCGAAAAAUCGACCACCCCCAACUCCGACGACGACAUCACCACGCUCCUUGAACACCGCGUUCAUUCCACGUCGCCGCCACUGUACCACGGCGACCGUUACUUCACAUACACUCACGUCUUGGAAGUGGUUCGUUCCCUCAGCCAUCGCCUCCGCUCUAUCCUGCUUGGUGCGGAUGAUCCCCACUUGAUCAAAACCAUACCUCAAGGUAGCAAUGAUGUCAGCUGUGAAGAGGGAGCUUUUCAGACGUCCGAGUCCUCGGAAACUGUCGUGCCGGGUGCAGAGCCAAUGGCUGACUCAGGUGAAGAGUACAGGCCGAAGAUUGUGGGGAUUUAUAUGCCUCCUUCUGUUGAGUAUGUUGUUGCUUUCCUUUCGGUACUUCGGUGCGGGGAAGCGUUCUUGCCUCUUGAUCCGUUUUGGCCGAAAGAAAGGAUAUUGUCGGUUGCUUCUUCUUCGAACGUUGAUCUCAUUAUAGGGUCGUGGUCUUCGUUUGGUAAAAGUAACUUGGAUGAUCUUGACGAAUCACAUUGGCUGGUGAAGUCGGUUAAUUGUCCUGUUUUGAACUACUCCAUUGAAGAAAACGUUCAAGAAUCUGGUUGUUCGUCAAAUUUGGCGUGGCCUUGUGCCAGUGAAAAGAAGAGGUCAUUCUGUUAUUUGAUGUACACUUCUGGGUCAACUGGAAAGCCUAAAGGAGUAUGCGGCACUGAACGAGGUCUUUCAAAUCGAUUUUUAUGGAUGCAAGGAAUGUACCCUUUGACAGGGCGGGAACUAUUAUUGUUUAAGUCAUCAAUUAGCUUCAUUGACCACCUGCAAGAAUUUCUCAGUGCCAUUUUGACUGCUUGUGUACUAGUUAUUCCUCCUUUCAGAGAGCUUAGAGAAAAUGUGUAUUCUAUAAUAGACUUUCUGCAGGCUUAUUUUGUUAACAGGCUUACAGCUGUUCCAUCACUAAUGAGGACAAUUCUUCCUGGAUUGCAAACUCAUGCUGGCAUGCGGAUUGAAAGUUCAUUGAAAUUGCUUGUGCUAAGUGGUGAAACUUUUCCCCUGACCUUGUGGGAGAUGCUUUCAACUAUAUUACCAAAGACAUCAAUCUUGAACUUAUAUGGUAGUACUGAGCUGUCUGGCGAUUGUACAUAUUUUGAUUGCAAGAGGAUGCCGUUGAUUUUGAAGGAAGAAAUUCUAACUAGUGUUCCAAUAGGUUUACCUAUUACUGACUGUGAUGUGAUGCUUGUUGGUGAAAAUGAUGCAUCAAAUGAGGCAGAGCUAUAUGUUGGCGGUUCUUGCAUUUCUAGGGGCUACUAUAAUGAAUCUAAUAUAAUGUCUGAUGAAUUUGUAAAAUUACCUCAAAGUUAUUGUUGUGGAGAUUCUUCUAAUGCUUUUCAAGGCCAAUUGUACUUCAGAACUGGCGAUUUAGUCAAACAGUUGCCAAGUGGUGAUUUUAUAUUCUUGGGAAGAAAAGACCGCAUUGUAAAAGUCCAUGGACAGCGUAUUGCCCUGGAAGAAGUUGAAAAUUUUCUAAGGGAACAUCCAUAUAUAAAUGAUGCUGCUGUAAUUUGUCGAAAUCUUCAAGCAGAGCUUGUGCUUCUUGAAGCCUUUAUAGUUUUGAAGGACAAGAAAAGAUUGGGUGAACUUUUGAUUCCUGAAAUCAGAAGUUGGAUGAUUAACAAACUUCCAUCAGCUGUGCUUCCUAACCGUUUCAUCUUUAUAGAAUCAUUUCCUUUGUCUUCUAGUGGUAAGGUUAAUUAUGAGUUGUUGGUUAGCUCAGCAUUAUUGACAAAAGAUGUCAAGGAUAAGGUUGGUCACAUUGGCUGCAGCAAUCUUCUGCAACUUAUUAUAAAGGCCUUUCAUGACACUCUAAUGGUUGAAAAGGUAUGCAAUGACGGUGAUUUCUUUAUGAUGGGUGGAAACUCUAUUUCUGCUGCACAUGUUGCUCACUAUUUGGGGAUUGACUUGAGACUUCUUUACUAUAACCCAAGCCCUUUUAAGCUUUGUAUGGCUCUUCUCCAGAAAAGAGGAUCAUGCCCUUUGCAUAACAGCCUAGAUCAUUGUUUGCAGUUACAUACAGACGGACAAAAUAACCAUUUUUCUUCCAAUCAUACUGAAAAGUUAAUUCCUCUUGAGUCGAGGAUGAUUUCUGAAGGUAAUCAAGAUGACUUAUUUCCUUCUAAACGCUUAAAGAGGGAUUCUCCAAAUGUUUCUUCAUCUCCAGACGUUACCUCAGGGGAUAAUGAAUUAUUCAAAUGGUAUUCCCCUUCAAUAUUCUUAUCAUCUUCAUUUAGCCGAUGCAACAAGGUGUUGUAUAAAGAGAAACCUGAAGUAACUGUCAAACGCCAAACAGCUUUGUCUGACAAUGUUCCAAGAGGUUGCAGAGGUCACUUGAAAAACUUCUGGAAAGUUUACAUGGAAUCCUGUGUUGAUGCUUCCCCAGUGCUUGUGUUUAAAGGCCCAGACAUUUAUUUGUUCAUUGGAUCUCACGCACAUAAAUUUCUCUGCAUAAAUGCCAGAAGUGGUUCUAUCCAGUGGGAGAUCAAACUAGAAGGACGCAUUGAAUGCACAGCAGCAAUUGUUUCUGAUUUUUCUCAGGUUGUUGUUGGAUGUUACAUGGGAAAAAUAUAUUUUCUUGAUUUUUCAAAUGGACACAUCUGUUGGAUUUUUCAAACAUCUGGUGAGGUAAAAUCACAACCAGUUGUGGACACACGGAGACACUUGAUCUGGUGUGGCUCACAUGAUCAUAACUUAUAUGCUCUUGAUUACAAAAACCAUUGCUGUGUCUAUAAGUUACCAUGUGGAGGCAGUAUAUAUGGGUCACCUGCAAUUGAUGAGGUUCGGGAGUUGCUUUAUGUGGCCUCUACCAGUGGUCGUAUAACAGCUGUAUCGAUAUCUGCUUCUCCAUUUAAUAUACUGUGGCUACAUGAAUUAGAAGUCCCUGUGUUUGGUUCUCUGGCUGUCACCCAAAAUGGAUCAGUAAUAUGUUGCUUGGUGGAUGGCCAUGUUCUCGCAUUGGAUCCAAACGGAUCCAUAGUUUGGAAGAAAACAACUGAUGGUCCAAUAUUUGCUGGGCCAUGCAUACCUUCUUCUCUUCCUCAUGAGGUGCUUGUAUGCUCCAGAAAUGGAAGUGUAUACUCGUUCAAACUGGAGGAGGGGGAUCUACUAUGGGAAUACAAUGUUGGAGCUCCAAUUACUGCAUCUGCUUAUGUUGACGAGCACUUGCAGCUGGAGCCUGAUGCCUCCCAAUCUUCAGACAGGUUAAUUUGUAUUUGUACCAGUUCUGGAGGCAUACACGUUCUUCGAGUGAACAUGAAUUUCUCGGAAGAUAAAGAACAACACACAAGUGGUGUGCAAGAAUUUGCAAGACUAAACUUGCAGGGUGAUAUAUUUUCGUCGCCAUUAAUGAUUGCUGGCCAUAUUUUUGUUGGUUGUCGUGAUGAUUACUUGCACUGUGUUGCCCUUGAAAUUCCAAAGCAACAUGAUAGUUCAAAGCUUGUGUAAUUCUAAAUGUGUUCUCUGGUAGUGGCAAGUGCCAGUUUGGAUAGGUAUUUGUGGCACCAAAAUCACUUUCAAAUACCAGCAUACUUAUUCUAUGCAAAAUUAAGUUUGGAAUUGUUUCCAAAAUUAAUUAUGAUGGUAAAUUCAUGUCAGAGCAAAAGCUUUGAAGCAUGGGCCUAGGUAGUUCAUUUUUGCUGUUUUAUCCGGUAGUCAGUUGGAUUGUACAUACAUACAAUGUUUCUACAAAAAGUGAAUCAAAAUGUGUUAUUUUUCCGUUU